UAUACCAUUCUCAGGUAGUGUGAACUACAGUUCCCAGAAUGCCCGUGUCCAGUGUCCUGUAGCGCUCGUGUGCAGGUUCAUUUGGCUGGUCUCCCAGCUCGCCUCACAGCAGCGGAGCCGUGUUUCAUUCACAGUUUGCUGCGGAAGGGACGGCCUUGGAAAAAGCACAAACAAAAACUAAAGUGGAAAACCUUAUUUAUAUAUAUAAAAAAAAAAACACUCAGGUAACCGAAAAUGAACACGGUACUGGGUAUGUGCGUGUAAUUAGAAAUAAGUCGAUUCAUUUACGUGUUUUCGUGGAAGGAAAGGCACAGGGAAACUUCCGAAGGGAUUUUAAAUUGCAGGAUGUUGGGAUGAGACAAAGGCUCGGGAGUUCUGGGUUGUGAGAAUAAAGCCAGGGUUUAAAAGUCCGUCCCUUCCGCUGUGGCUGAAUGGGAAGAAUGGAAAUGGAAGAGCAAUGGUGGAAGGGCCAGCUCGCCGCAGACAUCCAUCAGGCUCUUCGCAUUAAGGAGCUGAAGCUGCCUGCUUUCCGGGCCCAUUCACCGCAGAUUGGCAUGCGCCGCUAUUUUGCUGACCUCUUGGCUAUUCUCAGCAAUCGCUACCAGCUCUGCCCCACGGCACGCCACCUUGCUGUCUAUCUGCUGGACCUCUUCAUGGAUCACUAUGACGUUGCUGUCAAACAGCUCUAUGUCAUUGCGCUGUCCUGCCUGCUACUGGCCAGCAAAUUUGAAGAGAAGGAAGACCGAGUCCCCAAACUGGAGCAGCUGAACAACCUGAGCUUCAUGUGCACCCUGAACCUGGUGUUGAACAAGAAAGACUUGAUCAAGAUGGAGGUGCUGCUCCUGGAGACCUUCAACUGGAACCUGUGCAUGCCGACGGCUGCCCACUUCAUCGACUACUACCUCUACGCCUCUGUCCAGGAGAACGACCUGCACAACGGCUGGCCACUCACCUCCAUCACCAAAACCAAAGCCUUCAUUGAGAAAUACACACACUACUUUCUAGAAGUGUCUUUGCAGGAUCACUCCUUCCUCAGUUUCCGCCCAUCUCAGGUAGCCGCAGCCUGCAUAGCGGCAUCGCGGAUCUGUCUGCAGAUCUCUCCCAGCUGGACCACACCGCUGCACCUGCUUACGGGGUACACCUGGGACCACCUUACCCAGUGCAUCGAACUCAUGCUCAUGGCCCAUGACAAUGAUGUCAAAGAAGCAAACAAGACCAAAACCCAGCAGCCAAGUAUCCAGCAGCAGCAGCAGCUGCCAGUAGCGGUCCAGAGGCACCAUCAGUCAACGUCUACUCAGCCACUCCUCUUCACACCAGCCAGCUACACACACCUUUCCCAGCACUCCACCCCUCUCUCCCAGCUACACUCUCUAGCCGAGGCCCAGGUUUUGGCGCCAGUCGUUCCUCGGGACUACCUGCAAGCUCACCGUGCCACCCUGCUGUCUGGCAGUUCCAGUGCCAGCAACUGCACCUUCCACUCCUACCCCAGCCUUCCGUCCAGCCUCCAGCCUGCUGUCAGGACCCUGCCAAUCCAGGGGCCCAUUUCCAUGCAGGUCACCAUAGCGACAGAGCCACGCCACUGCUUGUCUGUCGCCUACGGCAGCAGCUAUCUCAAUGGACACCAUUCCUUUGCAGCGGGAUGUUUUGAUAGGUGACAAAGUGGGAGACAAAAAAAAGAAAUCUCUCUGUGGAAAUUUAAAUAAUGCUGCCAUAUUGUAAAACAUUAUAACAAAAAUAAGCCAUUAAUAAAAUGUCAGAGAAAAAAGACAUGGGACCAGGGCAAGACCUGCUGGAAUCAAAAGGUUUUCUUUAUCACACCUUCAAGCUAAGCGUUGGAAUAGUGGGGUUUGUUAAGCAUUUUCAACAUUUUAUACUGAAACUUAAGCACUCAUUCAGUCACUUUCACACAAGCUCCUAGCAGCCCGCUUGUUAAAUAGGUCUGUUACUUCAAGCAUUUGCCGGCCAUGCAGAUUACUAAAGCACAUAGUAUUUAAAAUUCGAUCUGGCAUGGAGACAAAUUCCCUAUGUGAUUUUAAUUUAGUUAUUAAGAAAGGUGGUCUGCAAGGCAAAUAAGGUAUAGAUGCUGCAGCAUCGGGUGCUAAUGCAACGCUAGACUAUUCCACUCUGCUUUCCUCUGUGGCUUUGAGUAGAAAGCAUUAAGCUUUUUCUAGGAAGUGGUGGGUAAUUGAAUCCAUUUUUAAUGCUAGACCUCCUGCCGGUAAACCCUAGUGGUUAAAUGCAAUCAUAUGCGUUUCUUACCUCAGCCCAACUGGGGGCUAGAUGAAGCUUUAUUUGAUUUAUUCCAGAGAGCAGAUUAUUCGCGAAGUCAGAAUGACUCUGUUACGUUAAUCAGGGCUAUAGUGCAUCCACGUUAAACAAAACAUAAAUCUGGAAGGGGGAAGUGUUGCAGCCAGCCAUUGGCACCUGACCAGGCACCUGGAACUGAACAGCUGUAUUAAUAUCAUCUCACAUUCCCGCUUCCCUCCAGCACUGCCAUGUGUGUUUAUAUGUCUUUACCCACUAUGUGUCUCUUUCUCUCUCUCUCUCUCUCGCUCUCUCUCUCUCUCCCUCCAAUUAACUGAAGCUUGAGGUUUCUUGAGUGCCUUUUGAGUAGUGAGUGAGUAGAACUCCUCCAGCACCAUCCAAGACCAGGAGCUGUUUUGAUUCUAACCAGUAAUAAGUCUAGGCAAAUACAGUAAUUGCCUACGGCGAGCCGUCGAUUGUGUGCUUCGUAAUAAAUAGCUGAAAAAGUUAUAAAAUACCUCCUUUUCCUUUUUAUGUUGCUCUAAUAAUAGUGUACAUUUAUUUGUAAUUCUGGUUCCAUCUGAAGUGUUCCAAUGAGAAUUUCAAAGAAGCUCUGGGGGUGGGGUGGAGGUGGAGUGUGCUUGGAGUCGAGAUGACACUGGGUGUUCAUUUUCAGUCCGUUCAGUUAACUAAACAUUUUUGUAUGCAGUAUUAACCUGUGGACCUAUGUGACAUUGGAAGCCAACAUUUUGAUAUCUAAAGUCCUUUCCUCUUUCAUCUUCUUUUGGAUUACUAUCAAGAAUAUUUAAGCACGAGAGCCUCAGACACAAUCCAGCGAAGGAGUCUUGUGAUUCCAGUUGGAAAAAAAAAAUACAAAAAGGGGUUCGAAGUCCAUUCAAUGUAAUGCCUUAAGGACUGUGAAAAAGCUGUUUAAAAAAAAAAAAUGACUUUCAAGCUGCUGCCUUACAAGACUGAACAAUUUUAUAUUACUGUGACAUUUUUUCAACUAGUAUUGUUUACAUGAACUGUGCUGUAUCAGGGACUAACUGAUUACUUGAAGAUGAUGCCAUUGAACUUAGCUGUUUUAUUUAUAAUGUUUCUUUAUGUAUUUUUUUCCCCCCUUAGAAUAGUUAUAUUGCUUUGUAAACAAUAUCUAAAAUGAAUUAUUGGAUCUUUGUUUUUUCUCCUUGACUCUGAUUUUAAAGCAAGCCAGGCCUUUUUAAAAAGCUCAAUAUGGAAAAGAGACAAGGCUGUAAAUCCAGCUAAGAAAGAAAUACAAAAAAACAGGUUCACAAUUGACAUUGGGCUGUACUUUCACAUUCAAGGAUAGGCAGGAAGUAAAAGUGAGCAUGAUUGUCUAUCCUUGAGGUAAUUGUAUUUACCUGAAAUGUUUUCAGUAUGACGUAAGCCCAGCCUUGUUCCUAUAUGAAAUACAGAGCCUAUGAAGGCCAUCCUUUUACACAUUUGUCCAAGUGAUGUGUGACGUCACACCACCUGCCAUAUCAAACUACUUUAUAUGUCAAAUGGUAUAGUGUAGGCUAUGACAUACUUUACAAAAAACCUGAAGCUGGUCCAAAAAAAAAAAAAAAAUUAAAAUAGAAACGGUGUGAUAAGAGGAUCUAUGUAUAUUUCAUUUUAUAAAAUGGAAAAAUCCAACCUACCAAAUGAUCCUGUUGUAAUGCAUCUAAUCCUCAAUAUCUGUGUGCAUGUUUGUAGUGUUUGUUUUAAAGCAUUCUUAAUUUAGUAUAAGCACAACUUUUAAAUGUUCAGACUGCAACCGUGUUACAGUGAAUACCAACCCUCACAGAAGGGAGUGUUACACUGAAUACCAACCCUCACAGAAGGGAGUGUUACACUGAAUACCAACCCUCACAGAAGGGAGCGUUACAGUGAAUACCAACCCUCACAGAAGGGAGCGUUACAGUGAAUACCAACCCUCACAGAAGGGAGCGUUACACUGAAUACCAACCCUCAUAGAAGGGAGUGUUACAGUGAAUACCAACCCUCACAGAAGGGAGUGUUACAGUGAAUACCAACCCUCACAGAAGGGAGUGUUACACUGAAUACCAACCCUCACAGAAGGGAGUGUUACACUGAAUACCAACCCUCACAGAAGGGAGUGUUACACUGAAUACCAACCCUCACAAAAGGGAGCGUUACAGUGAAUACCAACCCUCACAGAAGGGAGUGUUACAGUGAAUACCAACCCUCACAGAAGGGAGCGUUACAGUGAAUACCAACCCUCACAGAAGGGAGUGUUACACUGAAUACCAACCCUCAUAGAAGGGAGUGUUACAGUGAAUACCAACCCUCACAGAAGGGAGUGUUACAGUGCAAUAAGCUUUUCUUUCUGUUUUACUUCCAACAGCUUGUUCCCGUUUUGAUGUUAAUUUUAUACCACUAAUUCCUCUAAUUUAUUCUUGUCAGUUGUGAGAUUACUAUUGUUUUUUAAGGGUUUUAAUGCUACAGAUCAUUUUGUUAGUUUUAGUCUACAGUCUUUUUUUUUAUUUUCUAAAGUCACGAAAAUGUUGCAUAUUGCAUAUUGCAACCUAUUGUCAAACUAUAUCACAAAUGUUUGACACAAGUAAAAAUCUGUAGUGUAAAAUAUAUAUGCAGGGGUUGAAACUUAUACCAACAUUUUUAUUUAAAUCACUUGUGGCACAUUGUCAGUAUGAAUGAAAUUAUUAAUUUCAAAGAAAAAUUAAAAGAAAAAAGGCAGGGCCCCCAUACUCUUACUGACAGUGCAUCAGAAUAAAUAAUAAAAAAAAAUUGGAAUAUUUUGCAAAAGGAAAAAAAAAGCUCUCCCCGUUUCAUUCAGGUCAGGACUUGCUGAAUAAGGUAUUGUUAGAGAAGCUAGAUUGUAAUGCAGCUAUCACUUACGACUGUACAGCUGGAAAUUGAACUACUAAUGUGAAAUGUGCGUUUUUCAAAUGGCACACAAUCUGAAUUAUUAAAGCUCAUAGUUGCCCCUGUGGUAUCUUUGCGUAGCUGGUAAGCAAACCAAUCAAAUUUGAUUCUAUAGAAGGUAAAUGGAGUGUGGAGUAUUGGAAACUCAUAAACGUGUUGAUCCGACACUGGGAGUACUGGAAACCCAUAAACCUGUAGAUCGGACACUGCAAACCAAACAAUUGUUUAGCUUCUGGUUUACAGGGGAAGAAACUGCAUGGAUAAAGAUUUUAUAUCAAUAGUCAGUGACCACUUUAAUGCAAAAUGUAUGAAAGUCAGAACUGGAGGGAUUGUAUGUAAUAUAUAAGGCUAUUGCUCUCUCUGGAUUUGGGUCCUUGCUGUUAUUUUUAACAAACACAAAAUGGAGUCUAAAUGGUUCAGAUUCCUAACACCUACGCUUGCUUCGUCCGUCUCAGUUACGGCUUGGUGUGCGAGGUGCACUGAGAAAUGUACAUGUGUGUUAAAUUAAUAUUGGUUAUACUUCUGCAUCCGGAUAAAGAAGCAAACGCUAUGUUCAGUGGCCUUUAAGCCUGCAAUGUACAAUUUCUGCUUUUGGCAUUCGAUUCAUUAUGUAAACAGAAUAAGGGUCUCUCUUCUAUUCAUUUCAGAAUAAGCCAGUCUUCUAUGCUGCUGUCCUUUGCAUAAUCCCCCCACUGCACUGUUAGUUAUGCAGUAUAAAAUCCCCUGGUAGGAUGUUGGUCAUUAAUGACUCAAUGGGGCACUGCUCAAUGCAGUCUUAUUACUGUGACUAAUAAUGCGCCUGUUACAUUUGAAAGUCACUGCUGUAUUUGUGUGGCUCCUUUUAAUUUCAAGCCCUCUGUACCCCCUGUGUUCGCUGAAUGAUUUUAUUCAGUGUUCAUUAGAAAUGUACAAGGCACUGCCAUGUCAGACCAUUUUUUAUACCAGUGUAGCAAACUGAAAUAUUUAGAAACUGUUCUGUUUUUUUAUUUUAUUGUAAUAAUAAUAAAAAAAUCUUUUUGUA